UGUCAAAACUUACUAUUUCGAUUGUUCCCGUGGACCGCUAAUCGGAGCGUUGCAAUGAUGCAACAAUUACGUCACAGUUGUAAAUUUUCACACAGUGCUGAAAGUGCUGCUAAUGUUCCGCGGCAGAUAUUCUCUGGAAUACAGCCUACAGGAAUCCCACACAUCGGGAACUAUCUGGGGGCCAUUAAGCACUGGGUGGAGCUGAGCAGCAAACAAUCUGGGGUCGUGUUCAGUAUUGUAGACCUUCACUCCAUCACCCUGCCUCAGGAUCCACACCAACUUAGGUGUAACACACUAGACAUGUUGGCCUGUCUCUUGGCCUGUGGGUUAAACCCUGAUCAGUGCAUCCUCUUUCAGCAGUCUUCAGUACUUCAACACACAGAACUCAGCUGGAUAUUAGGAUGUUUGUGUUCCCUGCCCAAAUUAGAACACUUGCCUCAGUGGAAGGAAAAGAGUGAAAAGUAUAAAGAAGUGGGAGUUGGCCUGUUCACUUAUCCCGUACUGCAGAGUGCUGAUAUCCUUCUGUACAGAGCUACAGAUGUCCCUGUGGGAGAAGAUCAAACUAAACAUAUAGAGCUUGCACGUCAUCUAGCUAAACUCUUCAACAACAAGUAUGGCUGGUUUUUCCCACAGCCUCGUAUGUUACCUGGGCCAGUGGCAAAGAUUCGCAGUUUGAGGAAGCCUGAGAUGAAGAUGAGUAAAUCAGAUCUAGAUACCAAGUCACAAAUCAAUCUGACAGAUUCUCCAGACGUCAUCAGAUUAAAGGUGAAGAAAGCUGUGACGGACUUUACUGGCUCUAUAACCUUUGACCCGGCCUCCAGGCCAGGGGUCAGCAACCUGAUAGAGAUUCAUGCUGCCAUGGCUGACCUCAGCCCAGAGGAAAUCUGUGAACAGAAUCUUCACACAGACACUGCUGGCUACAAAAUGAUUGUUGCCGACAUUCUCAUUGAAAAACUAACCCCAAUACGAACUGAAAUUGAAAAAUUGCAGGCUAAUAAAGACUACUUACUUGAGGUCCUUGAAAAGGGAUGUAGUAAGGCUUAUGAACUGGCAGAAAAUAAUAUGGCUGAAGUACGUAGACUGGUGGGAUUUAGGUAAUGAAAAUGAGCAAGUCUUAGCAACAGAAGAGCAUUAAAGGUAGAAUAUUUAAAUAAGAUGAAUUCAUCAGGAGGAGCAGGUCAUGGACCCAGUGGUUAAGACAUUUGUCUUUGAAUCACUAGGCGGUGUGGGUUUAAAUCCCUGCUGUGGAUAUAAAAUUUGUGGAUUUGGUGGCUUUCAUUGUUGGCGGGGUCUUGCUUACAACAAGCGGACGACGACACGUGUGUGGCUGUUCAUGCAGUGUAUCAUUUGUUGAAGAACACUUGUCUUUUAUCAAUCUUGUGUGCAUAUCCGUGUGUGAUAUGUACAUGGGAAUGUUUGUAACUGACUUAAAAGAGGUCUGUGAUUGACCUUGGGUGCCAUCGUAUAAGUGAAAUGUUCUCAAGUAGGGCAAGGGUGCCAAUCAUGUGAGCGAAGUUGUGUGCUCUGAUCAAGGUGUCUCUGGAACAAGUGUGGCAUUGUUAAGUACAUACUUGGGUGUGGCUGCUGCCCAGGGUCAAGCCA